AUGAAGCAGAUCCAUGAACGGCUGCAGCAUUAUGAAGAGAGCAAGCCGGCUCCAGUCAUGGACAGCGCCGCGGUCCUGGCCCAAGACCUUUCUGAGCAACUCAAAAUAAAGUCUGAAAAUGGAGACAUAAAAGAACUUGCCAAGCUACUGGAAAACCCCCAUGUGAAGAGCCUUCUGUCCGUCCAUGAUACAGUUGCUCAGAAGCGGUACGACCCCGAACUCCCGCCGCUGCCUGAAUACCUCAAUAUUGAGGAGAGUUCUGUGAAGAUUAUAAGACUGGUCAAAAACAAGGAACCUCUUGGAGCAACAAUAAGACGCGACGAUGAAACAGGAGCCAUCUUUGUGGCCCGGAUCAUGAGAGGAGGAGCAGCAGACAGAAGCGGGCUGAUUCAUUCUGGAGACGAAGUGAAGGAGGUCAACGGGAUCCCUGUGGACGACAAGAAACCAGAGGAUAUCAUUCGUAUCCUGGCCCAGUCACAGGGAGCCAUCACUUUUAAAGUUGUCCCUGGUUUGAAGGAAGAUGCAUCUAUCAGAGAGCCAAAGGUGUUUCUGCGAGCAUUGUUCGACUAUGAUCCCAGUAACGACAGUGCCAUCCCAUGUAAAGAGGCUGGUCUGCGCUUCAAGAAGGGCUCCAUCCUUCAAAUAAUGAGCCAAGAAGAUGCAACAUGGUGGCAGGCAAAGCUUGAUGGGGAUGCUAAUCCCCGUGCCUGUCUGAUCCCGUCCAAACAGUUCCAGGAAAGGAGAUUCGCUCUACGGCAGCCCGCUGCAACUCUGCCACUACAACGGACCCUCAGCAGGCGACCAUUGGCCACUCCACAGCCUUACUUCACAGAUUGUGUCACACUAGAUGAUGUGGAGAUAGAGCUUGCUACUGAAAUUGAAGAAGAUGCUGAUUAUUGUAGCGGAUUCCACUUAGGUGAGAGAUUCUCAUCAUCCUGUUUUCCAGCUUAUCCUCUCCUCUCUUGGUGUGAUUGUUUCACUUUUGUCAUAACUGUGAAAGCUACAAAAUCCGUCCUAGACAAAGUGCUUCCCCAUUUCUCUAGCAGCUCUCCCUUCAUUCAUCAACCGUGUUUCAUCUGGAGCUCAGCGUUGGUCGGCAGGCAGAGUGGAGCUAAACACAGGCUGGUGGUCCUAGUGGGACCUUCAGGGGUCGGCAUUAAUGAACUCAAGAGGAAGUUGUUGAUCUCAGACCCUCAGCACUUCGGUGUGACCAUCCCACAUACCAGUCGGCCCAAGAAGAAUCAGGAGAGUGACGGUGUGGAGUACCACUUCAUCUCCAAACAUCUCUUUGAGGCAGACAUCCACAACAACAAGUUUGUGGAGUACGGCGAGUACAAAGGGAAUUACUACGGAACAAGUCUGGACACUCUACGGGGCGUCCUCGCCAAGAAGAAAGUGUGCCUGUUGGACGUUCAGCCUCAUGCAAUAAAGCUUUUGCGGACGGCUGAGUUCAAACCCUUCGUUGUGUUUGUGAAACCUCCAAAAAUGGAAAGACUGAGGGAAACGAGAAAGAACGCCAAAAUCAUCUCAAGCAAAGAUGACAAAGGAUCCGCCAGGCCCUUCACGGAGGAGGACUUCCAGGAGAUGUUGAACACUGCUGAGAUAAUGGAGUCUCAGUACGGCCACCUGUUUGAGAAGGUCAUAGUGAAUGACGACCUCACCACGGCCUUCAGCGAGCUGCAGUCGGCACUAAAGCGAGUGGAGACAGGGACUCACUGGGUUCCUGUCAGCUGGACUCACUCCUGAGACCCAUACUGUCCGGGAAAGGACAAAAGGGAAAGGUUACAACGAACAAUAUGCUUUUCCUUUUUUUUUUUUUUUUUAAGUCUCUUUUAUACCAACUGAUUCUGACACUACUGUGAAGAAUUUAAGAUGGCACAGAUCAGUGUGAGGUGGACCUGCCUUACGUUUUGGGAGGAUCUGGAUUCAGGAAGUGCAUCCGGAUCACGGAACACCUACCUGGACCGAUAACAAUCAGUCCAACGGUUCUGCCAGCAGAACAACUAAGACUCAAUCUUUAGUGUAUUAAAAAAAAAAAAAAUGAAACCUGUGGAAAACCAAAGGGAUGUUUUUCUGCUUGGUGGACAGAUUUGAUAGAAGUAAAAAAUAAAAAACUGAUGGAAAACAGAGAACAUAAAAACAUGUUUUCUGUCUUCUUUCUGUGCUUCAGUAACAAGUGAAAACACUGCCAGGUACUCUCUCAAGAAAGGGCAAUAACUGUCAUUUUAUUUAAAAGAAAUUAAUAUAUUUUCUAUAUGCUUCCAGUACUUUUGUUGAAUACUUUUGAUGACAUUUUUUUUGUCACUAAGGGAAACUUCAUCCUAGCUGUAGCUCCUUGAAAUCUUUUCUUUCAUUGAAGUGUUUGGUUCUCGUUUCCUGUAUUUUAUCCAGCUCCAUCCUGGAACUGUUUGAAACAGCAGCUUUCUGAAAGCGUGUCCAGCAGACCAGCUUUGCCAUUUAUAGACCUGGUCACAUUUGUCUUUAACAAGAAAGCUUCACUGUAACAAGAAAGCUUCACUGUAGUUUCAUUAGGGUGGAGUUUUUAUUUAAUUCACACAAGCGUGGUUUCAGUGAGGCUGCCAACAGCGGCUUUGCGGGACCUUCAGGAUGUAGCUACUCAUGAUUUUAUGAGAAUCACUGGUUUAUUACUUGUCACUCGUUCUUACCAGCUCAUGCUUAUUAAUUACCAUUUUCUUGAAUGUGUAUCAAUGCGAUUCUUUCAUUUCUUCUUAACUGGUUUCUCAAUUUUCAGUUUUCUCCUUGGCUGCUUUGGCUCAGAUGAGGUUACAUCUACACACACAGUGGCUUACAACACCAGUUAUGUAUUUCUAUAAAAUUUAGAAAUGAUUGAUUGUAGAGUUUAUUCCUCAUAAUUAUUGAACCAUAUAAAAACAAUGUCCCUUGAAUUCAAAAUAAUAGGAAAAAUGGUGGUCUGUGAUGCCAAUACUCCACUUUUUAUGGGUUUAUUAUUAGCCGUGUCUGUUUUCAAAGCUCAGUGGUGGGAACCUCUACCACUGUUUUAUGAGAAGCUGAGUUUCAGAACCACUGCUUAGCAAUGGGAGAUAUGGCUGUAAAACUUGGUUCUGUGACUAAAAAACAAAAAAAAAA